AUGACGGCAAUUUUCUCCAGGGCUUCGGUCAUGUAUCAUUUCCUGGGCCCGUUCAGCUGUGACUACGUCCUCUUCCAACUGGUUGCUAUCACAUAUCCGAACUUCGUGAAUGAGAAGUGGCACAGAUUCCUGGCCUUCGAGGCCUUCAAUCUACUCGCCGCCCCAUUCAAUCUUUGCAACCGGUUCCCUCCAGGAAUUUCCAAGACUGCCUUACUCUUCUCAGUGACGCUGGGCCUGGCUUUUUUUAUGACACUACUUGUAGCUCCGUCUGCCAAAGCUUCGGCACAAAUGGUCUUUGUGAAAUACUACAACGCGUCAGACUGGUCGGACGGUGUUGCCUCCUUCAUCGCAAUCAACAUGAUCACCUGGAGCUUCUCCUGCCUCGACGCUACCACCCAUCUUGCGGAGGAAAUCCCCCACCCCGUGCAUCAACAUCCCAAAGCACUCCUCGUAACGUCAUCAUUACCGUCUUCACUUCUCUCCUGA